CAAUAAACGAGGCAAGCACGGCAACCCUCUCGAGCCCAUUGGUCAGGUCAGGUCUUCCCACGCGGAAGGACGAGGAAGGUUCACGAAUCCCCUCCUCACUUCGUCCCUCCCCCUCUCCUAUUUCUUCUCUCCGGACCCCGGGCCAAAAUUUCAUCCUAAGUUCCAUCGAAGAGGGCGGCAAGGGGGCGAUCCGGAUAGCGCAAGCGCGACCAUGGCCUACGUCGAGAGAGGUGUUGUGAAAGGCAAACGGACAAUCUGGAGACUAAGCAUAAUCCCUGACUUCUUUAAGGCUAUUGUGAACUUCAUCAGAAUGUUCUUCCUCACAAUGUUUUCUAUCGAGAAAACAGACAGCUAUAAGAAAGGAUAUGGUAGUGGUAAGAAGUGGGAUGGUGGACCUGGUGGGGGAGGUCCUGGUGGGGGUCCAUAUGGUGGUGGGGGCGGCGGCGGAGGUGGCCCUCGCGGUCCUCGCACACUAUCUGACCUCCGAUCAAACGAUCAGAGUUCCCUCCCUGCUUGUGGAUCCUGCUGCGGAUGACAUCCUAACAAAAGAACAAUGAUUAAUGCAGAAGAACUACCGUAUUUCAAUUUCAGCAGAGCAAAAUCAUUGCGACGCUGUGAAGAGUCUAGCAUGUCGAGUAUAUAUAGCUUGUUUCUGAUGUGAUUUGCACACUGUAUUCAUCAUCGCUUUGCCAUACUGAAUUGUCCUGGAUGGAGUCAAAAUCUUAUCCUUAUACUGGUUUCCUGUUGUGCAAUGUGAAUUUACUAUACCUUCUGUCUA